ACAACGCAGUAGCCGGGAGAGGGUGGGGGCAAUAGGAACUGUAAAAAAUUUCCAUAUCACGUUUCCACAUACACACACACACACACGACAGGGGCGAGACAAGCCGAGGACGUGAUGGGAGGGAAUAUGGAGCAGCUGGACGAUCUGAGCCUGUUGCGAAUCCUGGAGCUCCUGGAACUUCCCGACCAGAUUGCCAUGCUUCAAAGCUAUGAGCGCUGCCGCCUACUGCUGGGCAUCAUCUGGCGACGCCGACUGAUAAGGAUAACGCUGAACCUGCUGGAGAGGCCCCUGGACGUAGACGACUUUCAGUUUCUCCUGACAAGUGCCAGUCGGCGCCUAAAGGAGUUGAAAGUCAGCUAUCUUGAUAAAGAGCACUUCGAGGCGCUAGUAGGCUUGAGGUUUCCCAGUCUAUGGCUUCUUCAAGUGGACCCCCUGCCGCCAUUCUACAUGAGUCCAUGUCAGCGCCAUCAGUUGCAGCAGAUUCUCCCGAAGUCCAUAUGGGCAGGCAAUGCACCCGCCAUGGGCUAUAUGCUGCUCCAUCCUAUCAAUUUCGACCACUUUCAAAUUCUGCGCGCCAUAGGCAAGGGCAGCUUUGGCAAGGUCUGCAUCGUCCAAAAGCGCGACAGCGGCAUCCUAUACGCCAUGAAAUAUGUCAGUCGUUCCGCCUGCGAACUGCGUGGAGCCCUUGGCGGGGUCAUCAAGGAGGUGGAGCUGCUAUCCUCCUUAGAGCAUCCGUUUCUCGUCAAUUUGUGGUUCUCGUUCCAGGAUGAGGAGGAUUUAUUCAUGGUCUGCGACCUGUUGACUGGCGGCGACUUAAGAUAUCACUUACAGAACAGGGUGGAGUUCUCCGAGCAGAGUGUGGCCUUAUUAGUGUGCGAGCUGGGCAGUGCCCUGGAGUACCUGCAGACGCAGAGAGUGGUCCACAGGGACAUCAAGCCUGAUAAUAUCCUAUUGGACGAUGCUGGACACGCUCACUUGACUGAUUUUAAUAUUGCAACGAGGUUGCAAAAGGAUGCCCUGGCCUGCAGCAUGUCAGGGACGAAGCCGUAUAUGGCGCCCGAGGUGUUUCUAUGCGCUCUGGACGAAGUGGCCGGUUACAGCUAUCCAGUGGACUGGUGGUCCCUCGGCGUUGUGGCUUAUGAGAUGCGGUGCAACAACCGGCCCUUUGUGGUACACUCAAACACGCCGUUGGCAGAAAUCAAGAACAUACUGAACACGCCCGUGCACUAUCCCCGCUACUGGAGCAGCCAAUUUAUCGAUCUGCUGCAGAAGUUACUCUCGACGUAUCCCGGGGCCAGGAUCAGCACAAAACAGGAGCUGCAUCAAACGCCGCUGCUGCGCAACAUCGACUUCCAGCAGGUGCUCGAUAAAAAGAUAAAGCCACUGUUCAAGCCACCCGAAGACCACCUUAACUGUGAUCCCUGUCUGGAGCUGGAGGAGAUGAUCGUGGAGACGAGACCGUUGCACAAGAAGAAGAAGCGUCUGGCCAAGCAGAGGUCUGCGCAACGCGACAGUGAUCCUGAGACUACCCUGGUCAAGGAAUUCAUCGUCUACAACCGCUACAAGGAGCUCAAGCGCAAGGCCAUGGAGCAGAAGGAAAAUGACUGGCAGCGCGAACUGGAGCUGGCCAUGGCCAACUCUAUAGUCAAUAGCCUGGCGCCCAUUCAGGAGAAGCCCGCCCCUUCCAUUGUUCAGGUGGCAGCGGAAGCGUCCAUGGCAUCCCAAUCGAAAAGCGACAGCAUUGAGUUCAUAGAUCGCACACCGUCACCACAGUCCGCCGGAGCAACCUCCCUAACGGUUAGUCCCAGGAAAGCGAGCAGCAUGCUGGACAAGGCCACAAGCCCCAUUCAGAAGUAAUGUUAUAAUCUCAAACCCAAGAGCGAGCGCCAUGGCACGCAUCAGGUUUCAGAGUGCACAAAAUCCCCCGCCCAUGCACCCAUCCAUCCAUACAGAGAACCAGAACCUAUUUUUCGAGCUCCGCUGAAUUUCAUCUUUGUACGUGUAUAUAUAUAGAUAUAUAUAUGAACACUGAAUAAAAUUUGAUAUCCUUUAGGAUAUUUCAAUUGAGCAACAACUACGACCUAAGCUAA